CAUAACAAUACAUUUUAAAUUUUGUGCUACGCACGUUCGUAAAAUUCGAAUAAAAUUUUUCAAAUAUUUGUAUUACUUACCAUUAAUCAUAAAUUAUGGUGUCGAAAGUUUCUCGUGAUACGGCUUACGUUGUUGUCAAAAAUAUCCUGCAGAACUCACAGGCCAAAGGACCAAACUGCCUGGAAACGGUGGAGCUGCAGAUUGGGCUCAGGAACUACGAUCCUGAAAAAUGCAAGCGCUUCCAUGGAAGUGUGCUACUACAUCACCUGGCGGUUCCUCAGCUAAAGGUCUGCGUCUUCGGGGAUCAGGAGCACUGUAAUGAGGCCAAAAGCAUUGGAGUUGAUUGCCUGGAUGUGGAGGCAUUGAAAAAGCUGAACAAAGAUCCCAAGUUGACCAAGAAGUUGUCCAAGUCCUACGAUGCCUUCUUAGCCUCCGAAUCGAUAAUCAAGCAGAUCCCAAGGAUACUGGGUCCUGGUCUCACCAAUGCGGGCAAGUUUCUCACUCCGUUGAGCCAUGGGGAGUCUAUGAGCACCAAAAUCAAGAUACUAUCUACCAAAAAGCUAUAUAUGAAAAGGAUGGAAUGUCUGUCCGUUAAUGUCGGCCACGUUGGCAUGUACCCAGAGGAACUGGCCCGAAACAUAACAACAUCCAUCAACUUUUUAGUGUCCUUGCUGAAGGAUAACUGGCAGAAUGUGCGCUCACUGCAUAUAAAAUCAUCCUUGGGUGAAACCCACCGACUCUAUUAACAGUUUCUUAAGCUAAAUAAAAAGUAGUGUCCAUUCAUGUAUUAUAGCGUGCAAUAAAAUUUCUGUAUUAUCUUUGUUGA